CUAUGAUUCCUUGAUUCUUUGGAUCUUGGCACCUGAACCUAUGUUCUGCUUCUGAUUACCCUUGACUUCUGGCAAGGUUUGAGUCCUGGACCCCUUCUUGACUUUGGUUCUGCCUCACCUGGUUUACCUGUUAGACCCAUUUGUGUUUGCCUGUGACUUGCCUUUGGCUGCCCUCUGCUUGGACCCAGCUGGGUUAAGAUUUCAGCUCUUGAGACUUUACUAAUAGAGCCUGCCUUAUUCAAAGCAGGAGACAGCAAUAUCCUCUUGUUUUAGAAAUGAAGGGGCAGGGAAGGAGGGAGAUCAACCUUGUUGCUAGACACUUUUUAAAUCUGGAGGAUCAAGUGUCACACGUGAAGUACACACACACACACACACACACACACACAGGUAAGAGGAAACCUUUCCAUCCAAUUGUUGCUCUCCAAUCCGUAACCCUCACAGGUACGCUUCUCAUCAGGUGACCCCAUUCCUUCCCAACAGGACCAUGGAUUGGUUUGGGCUAAAUCCCUCCAAAUCUCCCUGUGUCUCUGCCGGCUGAGCCCCCCGGCUGUUAAAUAGAUGGGGCUGAGGGUGCCAGUGGCUGCUUCCACACUUUGCCUCAUUGCCUGAAACCAGUGCCUUAACCUGCAGAGCUACCUUCAGCCUUCGAGAAGGAUGACCAGCUUUAAUGGUCGCACUAGGGUUCUUCCCGUGAAGACCAUUUUCAACAGUAAAGGGGCCACCCCCAUCCUGGCCACCCAGAAGCGGUCUUCAAACUACCUGGAGCAAAGGGACCUGCCUGUGCCACAGAGGACCAAACCUUCUCCUCAACGCAUAGCUGACUUCUCCAUCCGUUCCAUCCUGGCCUUGGAUGGCUCUGGAGGAGAAAGAAGGAAUGGCGAACAGCCUGCAAGAGGCAUCAUAGAGGGCAAUGGGACUCCUCAAGGCUACGCAUGGAUCAACGGCACCCGCUUCAAGCCCCCUUAUGUGCCAAAGAUGAAGCAGGCAUGCAGCCCUUGCCUGACGUCCCGCAGCCCCCGGGUCCCCUUCUCGGCCACCCAGCUGGGAAUCCUGGAGAACAGCUUUCAGCAAACCCGCUAUCUUAGUACUGGGCAGGUGAGGGACUUGGCCUUGCUGUUGGGACUCACAGAGAACCGGGUAAAAAUUUGGUUCCAAAACCGGCGCGCUCGUGAACGGCGGGACUUCCUAAAGCAGCAUCCCAAUGGCAGUGUUGGCAUGAAGGGCAAUUCACUGAAGGGCCAGCCCCAUUUAGGGUGGCAUUAAGACCAAGCUGAGGCAACAGGUGCCGACGUAUGUGAGCAACAGAAAACACAGAGAUGUGCAGAGAUGCUGUCCUAAUUAAAAAAUAUAUAGUGUGAACUAGAAAACUGGAAUGCAUGAGUGAGAUUAUUUGCAUGUUUGCACUGAAAAAUAACAAUGUCUGCAUAACGCCAGAGAGUCAAUGCUGGAGCCUAGGAAGCCAGCAAAAGAAUCCCCAUUUAUUUCCCUCCCCAGCCUGCAUUCAUAAUCUAUCAUAUACUUUUUACUUGCAAUAAAAAGUUGUCCGUUCUUU